CCGGAGCUGGGGGGGUCUCCUCCACCUGCUGAUCUGUCAGGACCCCCGAUCUAUAGGAGCCUCUGUCUGCUGACAAUACUGGAGACUGCUGGGGAAGGCUGAGACUUGUAGUUCUCCUUGAGGUACAUGGUGAAGACUGAGCAGUCGGGUCUCCUCCACCAUGGCCCAGGUCAGCAGAGAGGUAGAGGACUUCCUCAUGUACUUCAUCUUGAUGGAGAGGGUCCCGGUGGGCGCCCGGGCAGUGGAGCCCGGUAGACUGUGCUGUAUGAGUGAGGAGUCCUAUAUCCAGAGUGUGACAGGGGACCAGACCCCGGCCCAGUCCCUCAGCGUCACUGUCAUUGAGGACAAUGUCCUGAUAGACGUAGACGUCAACAAUCUGCAGCCACUAAGUCAGAGACAAGCGGCCCUUCUCCUGGCCAUCCACAACCCCACCGAACGGCUCAGCUGCUUCCUGGAGAGGGGUCUUCUGGAGCAAGCUGUCCAGGCCGAGGUUGGGCAGAGGGUCCUGGUGGAGCAUGAACAGAAGUUGUUCCCUGCAUUGAUUCAUCAUUUGGGCAACACCCUGGACUCCAGCACCCUACUGCCCCCCGUGUACUUCGGAGUGGAGUUGGAGGGUGAAGGUGAAGGUCGUGGUAACAUGGACGGAUCUUAUAAGGGGGUGACAUUCUUCAAAUGUAAGAAGAACAGCGGCCUCCUCUUACCUUUCAAUAAGGUCCUCUUCUCCGGGGCCCCUCCAUCAGAUGAUUCGGGAUCAUCAUAUCUACAGACUGGUUCAGUUAAUGCCGGGGAUAAGGUUGCCUUCUUUGUCGAGGACUCUCUAAAGCGAGGAAUCGUUGUUUUCUCCAGCAAUCAGGCAGCCACAGGUUUCGUAGAAGUCGUACUGGAGGGAAUCCCAUCGAGCGAGUUGUUGAAGGUUCCCCUGGACUCCAUAGUGAAAGAGGACAUCGCGUCUCCAGAUCAGAGCCCGGGGCAUGAUGGGAAGUCUGCCAGUAGGGAGGAGCAGGAGAAAGUCCUCUUCAAGGAGAGGUACCUGGAGGUGGACUCGCUGGUGCAGAUCCAGUAUAAGGAGGGGGAGCUGACCUUCGGGAUCAUCCGAUGGUUGGGAUAUCUGCCGCAGAAGGAGGACGUCAUGGUCGGGGUGGAGCUGGAAGAAGAUAAAGGUUGCACCGACGGCAGCUGGUGCGGUCAACGGUAUUUUUUCUGCCCCCCGAAACGAGGAAUUUUCGUGAAGUUAAAAGCUUGUCAGCCGGACACCCGCUUCCUGUCCAGUAGAGAUGGAUCGCCAAAGAGCCUGGAGAGCCCGAAACACAGUAGAGAGGACAGUCACCCCCUGUCGGGGAAGGUUCCUCCUCUGCAGGGCGCUGCGGCUGUGGAUACUUUAGAAGGAGAUAUGAGGGGUAUUCAAGGUCAUUGCAAUUCCUGCUACAUGGAUGCUGCACUCUUUAGUCUCUUCUCCUGUAGCUCUGUGUUGGAUUCUCUGCUCUUUAAACCUUCAUCGCUCCCCGAUGGCAAAAUCCAACAAACCCUGAGGGAAGAAAUAGUCAACCCCCUGCGCAGGAACGGCUUUGUGUCCGCGGACAGUGUGAUGACCCUGCGCUGCCAACUAAUGGAGGAAAGUCAGUGCCCCAGCUUCACCACCUCCGAGAAAGAUCCAGAAGAGUUCCUCAACCUCAUUAUGCACCGAAUCCUGGGGUCGGAUCCUCUCUUAAAGCUUCAGUGUGAGGAUCAGCGGGUGCAGGAGAGCUACUGUUAUCAGAUCUUCAUCGAGAAGCAGCAGGAGAUGACGGUGCCCAAUGUCCAGCAGCUCCUGGAGCAAUCCUUCCACCACUCCAGGCUGAAGCUGGCCGAGGUCCCGUCCUGCUUCAUUAUCCAGAUGCCGCGAUUCGGGAAGGAAUAUAAGAUGUUCAGUAAGAUUGUCCCAUCUCUGGAGCUGGACGUCACCGAUCUCCUCUCAGAUAGUCCUCGGGAAUGUGUGGUAUGCGGGAACCUGGCAACUCAUGAAUGUGCCGAGUGCUUUAAUGACAUCAUCCUCUCCGACUACGGCCUCAAGCAGUACUGUGCGGUGUGCAGCACACAGGUCCAUUCACAUCACAAGAGGAAAGACCACAAACCCGUCCUGCUACAGAUCCCUGACGCCUUCCUGAAGGCGCCAAACAAGAUCCCGAGGGAGAAGCUGGAGCUGUUUGCUGUGCUGUGCAUCGAGACCAGUCACUACGUCUCCUUCGUGAAGUACGGGACGGAGAAAGGCAGCUGGAUGUUCUUUGAUAGCAUGGCCGACCGAUUCGGGAGUGAAAACGGAUACAACAUCCCUCGAGUUACCCUCUGCCCGGAGGUGGCCACCUACCUGGCGGCUCCGCUCAGCGACCUCGUGAACCAGAACCCCCGUGAGAUGAAAGGUGUGGCCAAACGCCUCUUCUGUGACGCCUACAUGUACAUGUAUCAGAGUAAGAGGAUGGCGCUCUAUAAGUGAAGGGAGACCCGGAACAGAUCUCCACCACACGCCUGGCCCGGAUCUGGAAGGACCGCCAAUGGAAGAGAUCUGUCAGGUCUCUCGGAAGGGUUGGGGUUCCUCCUGUUGGCGACUUAUCAAUGCAAUGUGAUGUCUUUCACCUACACGUAGAGCGAGAAGAGGACGUCCAUGUCCAGACAUUCUCCUAUCUGACUCUGGUGCCAAUGCCGCCAUCUUCUCUUAUGGACAUGUGGGGGGAUAAAUGGGAGGAAUCUUCAGGUCUGGUCUUCCUUUGAAGGACAUCACUGUGAAGUAAUAGGAUUUCUGGUCUCCUCUUUCAGGUUCCGAUCAACUGGUCCAAUCCUGGCCCAUAAUAUUCCUUAAAUGUGGGAUAAAAGGGGUAACAUUUGUGCGAAAGCAAACUUUCUACAUUGUGACAUAGAAAUGAAUUUAUCAAUAAAGGGGUUAUGCAGGGUUAAAAAACAAAACAUAGUUGUUUUCAUUUGGAAACAGCGCCACUCUUGGCCUCAGGUUGUGUGUGGUAUUGCAGCUCAGUUCCAUUUAAGUGAAUUGUAUGGUGUCCAUAUUAGGACAUGAUCAGGCGUCAGACAAACCUCAGUCGUGCCUCAGACGUCAGCCAGACAGCCGUUAAAGUUUUCCAGCCUCCCUACGCUAACUGCGUAGCGGAGGAAAGCAGAAAAUGCGCUCUGAGUGGUACGGACAACUGAGCAUGUGCAGGACUACGCUCCUAAUGCUGCCUACUUUAGCCCUACGCUGUCAGUGGAGUGCUGCGCAUGCGCUCCCAGUUUUCUAUGAAUCGAGGAAAACUUUACAUCAACGGCUGUUCGGCUGACAUCUGAGGCGUCACGGAGGUUUGUCUGACGCCUGAUGAUGUCCUAAUAUGGACACCAUAUGUAACAAUGUAUCAGGAAUACAGACGAUAUUCAGAACAUCUGGAACAAUGUAUCAGGGAUAGAAAUUUACAACAUCUGCAGAAAUGUAACAAUGUAUCAGUGAUAGGGAUGAUAUUCACAACAUCUGGAACAAUGUAUCAGGGAUAGAAAUAAUAUUGUCAACAUCUGCAGAAAUGUAACAAUGUAUCAAUGAUAGGGAUGAUAUUCACAACAUCUGUAUCAAUGAUAGAUGAUAUUGACAACAUCUGCAGAAAUGUAACAAUGUAUCAGUGAUAGGGAUGAUAUUGACAACAUCUGUAACAAUGUAUCAGUGAUAGAUGAUAUUCACAACAUCUGCAGAAAUGUAACAAUGUAUCAGUGAUAGGGGAAAUAUUCACAACAUCUGCAGAAAUGUAACAAUGUAUCAGUGAUAGGGAUGAUAUUGACAACAUCUUUAACAAUGUAUCAGUGAUAGGGGAAAUAUUCACAACAUCUGUAACAAUGUAUCAGUGAACGUCUGGUGAUCCAGCAAUCUCAGGGCCGACACUUUCCAGACUAUUGAAAGUUGUUGUUAAUUUAUCAAUAAAAUCUAAUGA